CUGUCGUCGCGGGCUGCGAUAGCGCGAACGUGCCGCUGCCGUCGUCGCCGCCGUCGCUGCCGCCGUGCGCGUUUCGCGUCGUGUGCCGCCGACGCUGACUGUGUUGUACACGGUAGAGACUCAGUAGCGGUGCGUGCCGGCGGGUCGGGUGUCUCUCUCUCUCUUCCGUCUUUAUCACUCGCCGAGAGGUGUGCCGCACAGCAGUCGUAUUAUCUCAUCAGAGACCGUCGUUUGUUAUUAUUAUUACUAUAUAUUAUACCGUAGUUGCGGUUAUUUAUUAUUAAUAUUAUAUAUUGCGAGCGCAAUUGGGCGCGCGCUCCGCGUGUGUGCGUGUGCGCGUGUGUGUGUGUGUGUGUGCGUAUUGCGCGCGAAAGACGGCGGCGUCGUGAUCAGUGCGGGCGCACCACCGGCGGCCGAUACAUAAUGUAAUAUAUUAUUUAUAGAAAUAUAUAUAUUAUCUUUGUGCUCGUCGUCUCUGCCGCCGUCGCGACGUUUAAUAUUAUCGUCGUUUUUAAAUGGUCCGCGCGUACGGUACGCGCCGCAAAAGCUGCGCGACCUACUCGUCUUCGUCCGCGUACUCGCACGUGUCGUAGGCGUCGUCGUCGUCGUCGUGCGUUAUUAGUGCAUUAGCGGUUCGUUAGUGUUAUUGCCGUUGCCGUUAUCGCUACUAAUAUUUUAAAUUUAUCAGUUUAACGUUUCGUUUCGAGUCCCGCGAUAUAGGACAUCGUCGUUAUAGUAUUAUUAUGUCGCGUGCCGUUCACACCGUGCAUCACACGAGACCGUCGCCGCCGCCGCCUCUGCCGUCGUCGUCGUUUUUGUGCAGCCGACCGCCGCUACCGGCGUCGUCGUCGUCGUCGUCGUCGUAGGACAGCAACGCACCACUGCCUCAAAUUCUGCAACCGCCGCCGCUCCCUUGCUACCCCCGGACGAGACGUAGAAUGGGGGAUGACGGUGGAGGUUGGUGACCAGAACAGUCGCAGGGGUUGGACAUGGGCAACAAACUGAGCUCCUGCGGACCUUUAAUCAAAAAAUCUUACAGAUACGAUGACGUUGUCGGACCAUUUCAAACCUCAUCGAGAAGAAGAGAUGGUCAUCUUCUCAGACUAUGGGCUGAAGUAUUUCACGUGAGUGCUAAAGGAGAAGAAAUAAAAUGGCAACAAAUAUCCGAAGAUCUCGUUCCUGUAAAUAUUACGUGUUUACAAGAUGGACCAGAGUAUAUAUUCCAUAUUACUGCUUACAACAGUCAAGUGGAAAAAAUCAUGGAUAUUCGCCUGGUUCAACCAGGCACAAAAAUAGGGUUAGCUUCAGAAUGUUUUGCGUAUUGGAAAGAACCACACAGCAAUGACACUUGGGGCUUAAAUUUCACAUCACCAAUAGACGCUAAACAAUUUAAAGAAUGCUGCACUCCAACUGUGAAAUUGUCUCGGAAAUCAUCUUCAUCGUAUUCCUUAAAAUUAGAUACGUCAAAAAGGCAAAGUACGAAAGUAAGAAAGAAACCUCUAUCGACACCAACUUCACCUAGUAGAUCAAGAGAGCCACAAUGUACUUGCAUGACAGCUGAUCAAUUUAAUAGACUCAGGGCACAAGAUCCAAGAUACAAUAAAGAAAGAUCUUCUACGUUACCGCGUUCUCAUAAUCGACAACUUUCACUUGGAGAUGGACCUUCGGAAGCUGAUAAAACAACAGUGCCUGAAGAUACGUCCAAACAGGCCAUAUCCCGAAGCUCAAAUACGAGAGACAGAGAAACUGCCACGCCCGGUGGAAAAUUAAACAUCACCGGAACUGGGUCACAAACAGAACAGGGUCAACAAGAAAGUUGUAAAAGUGAAGGAGUACAAACAAUCGGUGCUAAAACUACGUCUACCACGGGCACAUGCACUCCAAGAAUGCCCUCUAAAGACUAUUCAGAAGGGUACGUGGAGUCAGAUUUAUUUAAAAUACCAACAGCUUCAAAAAAUUCAAGAAAUCAAAAUAAAACAUACAGAGAUGAUUGGCGAAGAGAGAAUAUGGGAUCAAUUAAACGGACAUUAAAACCAAUGCCAUCAUUAGAAAGUCCUGUUACGUCACCAGAAAUGAAUCGAAGACGUGGUUACAGUUAUUACACUCAGCCAUCGUCAGUGGCAGCAUCAAUGGUACCUCCAAUGCCACAAUGUUCAAGACAACAAUCAGCUUCAGAACCAGAGUCUAAUUUAAAACAUAGAAAUUCACGAUUUAACUCAGGUUCUCGCUCAUCAUAUGAUAUAGGUCGAAAUGGUCAAGUAAGGGAUCCAAGAGGUCUUUAUUUGGAGUUGGAUAGAAAUGGACGGCCUACUCAUGGUGGAGACGUUUCACCAGUUUCCGAUAACGUUAUGUUUGAUAACCAGUGUUAUGCAACGACACCUAGCUCGAGCAAUGGUAAUUCCGACCAGGAACAGAGUAACAAUAAGGGCAAAUCAGGACGUUAUCAAAAACAUGAUAAUCAAGCAACAAGUACUCCUGGUUCACCAACUAGUCGACUUUUACUCGAAUAUGAAAUGCACUUACGAAAUACUUUAGCACGUGGCAUGGAUGCUGAGAGUUAUAGCUUGCACACAUUUGAAGCACUUCUAACACAGAGUAUGGAAAAUUUAGAAAUGGCAGAAAAGUUACCUCCAUUAAAUUCCAGAAGUCCGUAUCCUAUAAGAAGGCGACCAACAAGUGCUUGUGGCUUUAAUAGAUCAUCUACACUUCCACAUAGAAUCGAAAGAUCAUCCAGCACUACUAGAGAAGGUUAUUAUAGUGACAGACAAGAUGCGGCUAGAGAAAGAGACAGAGAACGAGGUUACUUAUCUGAUCAUGCACCUUCUAGUAAUAAUAGAUGUGCUAACUGUUGGAACGAAUCUGCUCGAGCUCAAUGGUUUAGACAUAGUGAUGGUUGGCGGUGCGGAUCUUCAACCAUGGGGAGUAGUGCAUCGAAUACUGGUAUUCCGUACGGUUCUUUUGACGGACACCAUGCUCAUCAUCACAUUCCAUCAACAAGGGCUAACAAAAGAUCGGCUUGGGAAUCUUUACCAUCACUUCGACAUGAAAACAGUCUUAUGACAGAUAAUGGAUACAAAUCUAAUAGAAAUGAUUUAUUCGAACAAAGAAUGUUCGAACGACAAGAUAGUGCCAGAAUGGAUUAUAUGGCUGAAAGAGAGGCUAGACAUAGUUUUAGUGGAAUUACACAACAAACUUCCGUUGAAAGCACAGAUUCUCGUCUGUGCUAUCUUACAUCGUCAGAGAUAUCAGACGAUGAUCGUAUGUCUUUGACAACCGCUAUCAGCGACGAAGACGAUGCAGAGAGCACUCAAAAUUCACCAUACCGGGGUAAACAAACAGGGACUGCAGCUGCCUCGUUUAAUUGCACAGGAGCUGUCAGAAAAGCAGGGUUUUUGAGCGUAAAAAAAUGGUUAUUACGGAAAAAGCACCAAAUUGAACUUGCUAGAAAAAGAGGCUGGAAAGGUUAUUGGGUGUGCCUUAAAGGUACUACAUUACUGUUUUAUCCAUGCGAUUCUAGAGAAGGCCGAAGUGUAGAAGCAGCUCCAAAGCACCUUAUAAUUGUUGAUGGAGCGAUCAUGCAACCUAUUCCAGAACACCCGAAGAGAGAUUAUAUUUUUUGUUUAAGUACAGCUUUUGGAGACGCCUAUUUAUUUCAGGCACCUUGUCAAGUAGAAUUGGAAAAUUGGGUGAACAGUAUACAUUCUGCAUGUGGCGCAGCAUUUGCCAGGCAUAGAGGAAAAAUAGGAACACUACAUUUAUUACAAGAAGAAAUUUACAGAAUUGAAAAACAAGUGGAUGCGGAUCAAAAACUCAAACACAUGGCUGAAGUAGAAGUAGAAAUGUUAACAGAUCCAGACACUAAAGAACAAAUAAAAAAGCAAAUUUUAGCAUGGGAAGAGAAUUUAGAGAGACUACAUUGUGAACAGUUUCGGCUCAAAUGUUAUAUGGCUAGUUUACAAAAUGGUGAACUUCCAAAUCCCAAGAUUCUUUUAACGCGUGUAUCUAGAGCCACUAAAAUUACACUAAACAAAUUAGGUGUGUUUACUGUAUCUUCGCUACAUGCGUUUAUAUGCGCUCGUUCUCCGUCAUUGCUCAACAAUCUUUUGGCUGGACGUGGCGCAACCAAAAGAAAAGCUCCAGUCUUAUCUCGAUCAAAUAGUAGUUCGGGUAGAAGAUCAUUGCAAUCAUCUACAUCUAGAGAUGACCCUGAAAAGACUGUCAAAGUGUCCUUACCUGAUAAUCAAUCGGUACAAAUACAUUUACGAGAGGGCAUGACAGUUGAUGAGUAUUUGGCAUUAUCUUGUUCAAGAAAAGGACUUAAUCCCAUGGAGCACUUUGUCAGGGUAAAAAAGAGAAGGGAUAUGGAAGAUCAUAAUUAUUUUGUUCCUCACCGAACUGAUAGUAUUGAAACUUAUUUACAUACUCAUGAAGUUGUCGAAGUUCGUGCCAAAAUCCUGUAUCAAGUAGAACUUGAAAGAAAUACAUUAGAUCAUAUGUGGGGAUUUUCCGUAGAAGCAGAGUUAAUUGAAAAUGCUGAACGACAAGAUGAACUUUGUUGUUAUGUUAGUCGCGUCGAAGACAAAGGAAUUGCUAUUCAAAAUGGUUUAAUUAAAGGCGAUGAGAUUAUGGUGAUUAAUAGUGCAAUAGUAAGUGAUUUAGAUAUGAUGUACUUGGAAUCGGCUCUUCAAGAAGAACUUUCUUUAAGUAUGAUGAUGAGAUCAUCUAGAACAGAACCUCCUCAAUUACCUUCAGGCUCAAGAAUUAUAUCAAAGACUACUGAUGAUAUAAUUCAAUCAUUAGUAUGUCCUCCACCACCGACAGAUCCACCAGUUAUCUCAGAAGAAAUGAUAUCUGGACUAAUCGUACCUGCUCCAGGGUGGAAUAGGGAAGGUAUUUAUGAAUUGGAAACUAACAACAUGACACAAGAUUCAAAACUUGCUUCCAGAGGAAAUUCUUUUGAAAUAGAAAAUUUAAUUAAGAGUGCUGGUGAAGUUACUGGGUUCUGUAGAUCUCCAGAACCAGCAAGAAGAACUAGCCCAACCGUUAUUUCUGCAAUACAAAACCCUCAAAUAACUAUUGGUCGUCAGUUGACGGAUGCUGAAAAACUUAGAAAAGUUAUUUCUGAACUCGUAGAUACUGAAAAAUCAUAUAUUAAGCACUUGAGUAAUCUACUGGAGAACUAUUUAGAACCACUUAAACAAGAAACAUUUUUAUCUGGAGCAGAAAUAGCCGUUCUGUUUGGUAAUAUCCAAGAAAUUGUUCAAUUUCAACAUCAAUUAUUACAAAAUUUAGAAGAUGCCGUGCGCCAAGAACCUAAUUUCCAUAAAUUUGAUCAGCCAGAGCAAUUUAAAAAUAUACUUUUUUCUAUUGGAAGCGCCUUCUUAUAUUAUGUCAAUCAUUUCAAAUUGUAUAGUUCAUUCUGUGCAAGUCAUUCAAAAGCUCAAAAAAUACUUAAUCCUAAUGAAGGCAAUCAAGCUUUACAAGAAUUUCUAUGCUCCAGAAAUCCUCGGCAACAACAUUCCUGUUCUUUAGAAUCUUAUUUAAUUAAACCUAUACAAAGGAUAUUAAAAUAUCCACUUUUACUACAGCAAUUAAGGAAUCUUACUGAUCCUCAUUCGGAUCAACAUCUUCACCUCGUUGAAGCACUAAAGGGAAUGGAAAAUGUUGCUGAACAUAUAAAUGAAAUGCAAAGGAUACACGAAGAAUAUGGAGCAAUCUUUGAUCACUUAUUCAGACAACAUCAAAAAUCUUGUAAACAAUCUAUUGACUUAUCUCCGGGUGAUUUACUGUACUAUGGAGGAGUUGAAUGGUUGAACAUAUCUGAUUUCCUUGGGAAAAUAAAAAAAGGCCUAGAACUGCAUGCAAUGUGUUUUGUGUUCAAAUCAGCUGUGGUAUUUUUGUGUAAAGAACGUUUAAGACAAAAAAAGAAACUAAUGAGUGUAUCAGGUAAAAGUGAAAUGGAAAUAAUUAGAUAUCAAGUUUUGAUACCAGUAACUGAAGUACAAGUUAGAGCAAGUUCUGCUAAAGAUAUGGAGACACAUUUCUUAUGGGAACUGAUCCAUUUACGUAGUCAAUCCCAUAGAAGGGCAGAAAAGAUUUAUGUCCUUUCUAAUAGUACUGCCGAAUUCAGAAAUGCAUUCUUAAAAACUAUACGCCAGAUUAUUCGCGAAAGCGUACGAAACAUGAACAUUCCUACUGCCAAACCUUCUACUAAUUCCCCUGCUCAACUAGUAAGCAAUACCGCAACAUUAGGAAGACAAACAAUUAAUACUGGAGGUUUACAAUUAAUAUCAGAAGAUCACAAAACGCCUGAUAUUUCAAACUUAACACAAGGAUCACAAACACUAGGAAAACCUAAAAAAAUACCUCCAAAACCGCCUCAAAGAUAUUCUUCGGGGAGCACUUUGACUAAAGUAGAGUUAAGAAAUCAAGGAACAUCGUCAACUGAUUCUACAACGGAUACAGCAGGGACUCAAACUAUUUUGCCCAAUUAUAGAUCAAGAAACAGAGAAGAGCGAAAAGUAGAUGAACAAAAAUCAGAGGGUGAAGAUGAUAGCAGUAGUCAACCUGGACCAUCUAAAGGACUUCCAAUGCACGGUAGUUUGGGAAAAACACCUAACUACUUAAUGCUUAGUACCACAUCUACAUUAUCAGCAAGUAGUACUGGAAGCCAAGCAGCUAGACUGGUGGAAAGAUCACAACAACCAGAAAAUUAUCAACCACCUCAGGUGCAGGACCUCGGUAAGACGGAUCUGCACCAGGAUUACUAAAAAUCGCGCUACCCACUGAGAAUAGGUUCUCCAGUAUGGAAGCCCAGAGAAUUGGGAGAAUCGUCAACGUUGCCACGGAAAAAAAAAACGAAUCAGGAGCAGUUUGAAACAAGGACAAUGGUGAGAAAAGGAGAAAAAAAGGAUAAAAAAUGAAUAAAACGCGGGACAAUCACUCGUAAAAAAUGUUCAUGCAUAAAAAUACCCAAUUAAUGAGAAACGUGAUACUUAUCACCGACUCUUUGGAGUCCUUUUUAAAAAUCUAAUUGGGGAUUUCUUUGAUGUCCUUGUUACUCAUGGUAUGGAAAGGAUCUGCCGGCCGAGGGUCGAAGAAAUUAUGUUUAUGAUCAAGUUAGAUUAUUUCUUAAAUUCUCAUUACCUUAUUGGUAUGUUCCUACUUUAUUUAUUACAUAAAAUUAGAAUUUAUUACAGUCUUUUGUUUCGUGUAAAUAAUAAAAAAAAAACGAAACUGAAACUUUUGUCACAAUUAAAAACUAAAAUAUACCGGAUUUGGGCUGUUUAUUAUUAUCGGUAAUUAAAAUACAAACGUCGAUUCAACGACCAUGGUAAAUUAUUCUUAUAACCACCUUUACUAAUACUGUUAUUAGAUACCAUACAUUUGGGAUACGCAUUAUGAAAUUUAUCCACGAUACGUUGACUUAUAUAUAUUAAAUAUUUAAAUAUAUAUGAUAUAUAGACCAUGUCUGUUUUAAUGAUUAUGCACCAACUUAAGGUUAUAUUACAAAUCGUACAUAUUAAAAGCUCAAAGCUCAAUUUCAUUUAAAUUAUUUUCUUCUUUCAAAUUUCAAUAGAUUUUAUUAUGAAUUGUUAACAUUUCUCCAUUUGAUCUCAUUAGUGAUAUUUGAACUUAAAAAGAUCUAGAACUCCUCUAACCGCAAAAUAAAUAACCACGAUUCAUUUACUUUGUUUGAGCACAUAGGAUAAGUAAAUAAUGAUUAUUUUUAUGCUUAAUAUGUACAUUGGACAUUUUGAGAAUAAAUAAUAUUAUAUAAUGGUCAACGCGUGAACGACAAUAAAUUGUUAUUGUGUAACGACGACGAACUAUGAAAUAAAAUCUAAUUAAUUAUAUUCAUUAGAUGUAUUGAAGUGGUCUAGAAAAACGGUUUCAAUUAUUUGAAAAUUGAAUUUGAAAAUUUACAUUAAAAAUAAUAUGUUCCCCAAAAAUUUAAUCUUGUAUUUGUUCAUAUUCGAAAUUCCCUAAUGAAAUCAUUGAAAGUAUUGUUGAAAAUAAUAUUUAAUAUUAACGAUAAACAACCUAUUUUAGUAUCAUUAAAAUAGUUUUAGUUCUUUUGGAAAAAUUAAAAUUGACAACCGUAAACUAUGUGAUCUUGUGGUCCCACAAGUACCUAACAUAAAUCGUAAAAUAUGUUUGAAAAUAAAACACAAUUAUAUGCAACAAUGAUAAAUAUAUUUCUAAGUACUAUUAGGUUAUCUUAUAAUCAUUAUUAUUAAAAUACCGAAAAAUGUCGUGCUCAUGUAGGUACCUUAGAAAUUUAGAAUAAGUUUUUAAAUUUAAAAAAAAACCACCCGGUUAUGUUUUCAAUUUAGUACAAUCGUUAUCAUUAAAUUAUUAUGAAUUAAUCGAACAUUUUAUUUCAUUAUAAUGUUUAUUACCUACUCAAAAAAAAAAUAUAUAUAUUAUAUAUAUAUACAUGUUUAAAUUAGGCCCACCGCACAACAUAAAAAAAAAAUAUUAUUAUAUUAUUAUCUAAUUUUAUUAUUAUUUUAGUUCUUCCGUCAAUCGAAAAAAAAAAAAAUGUUGAGAAAUUAUUGUUGUGUUAUUGUAUUUGUAAAUAAAAUAUAAAUGAAAAAUG